CAACGUUGUAGGUGAGUGUGUGUGUAACAGCCAGUGAGAGGAACAAUGACAGCAGUUACAGAAGUGGCUGAGGUGAUGCCCUUAGAGACUUCCUUCCUACAGGAGGUUUACAGUGUUCCGAUCGUCAGGUCGGUUACAGACAAGGUGACGAACACUCACAAAACCUUGUGCACAUAUGUGCCUUUAUAUGGAAGCAUCACAGAUGCUACCCAAGCAACAACUUUAACCCUAUCAAAGAAAAUGAGUCGGUGCCAGAUCGUCAAAAGGCCUGUAAAUAAAAUGGAAGAACUCUGCCUGGAAGCAGUAACGACGCUGAAGACUUCUUGCCCCAUCCUCGAGAAGCCUACUGACGAAGUAAUUGAGACUGUGUGCACUGGUUUAAAGAAGCGUGCACUUUCCGGUGCCACCCACAUCUCCACUUACGAGAUAUCUCGAGCUACGUGCAAAAUGACAGAGUGUAUCUUUGGCAAAGCAGAAAAGGCUGCCGCUACUGUAAAUGAUUCCGGAGUAUGGAAGCUAGUCCCUGAUUAUGUCAAACUGAAGUUCUCUGCAGUUUCCAUUAAAGACAUUGAACACUGCUUUAAGGUCUGGAGACAAUCGGUGAGAUCUUGGCGACGGUUAGACGUUCAUAAUGAUGCCGGUCACUGCUUUAGUCGUACGGCACAAAUUGAGUUGGGCGUCUUCACAAUGAUUUGUGCUCCAGCAAAGCUGUUGUCGUGGCUCGUCGAGUUUUGCUACGUAUCCUGUACCAAACUGUGGAUGUGCGCCCAGGCUCUGAAAGACUCGACAAACAAGGCUGUUACCUCGAAGGAGCAAAGGCAACCAGAUGGCUCAGAGUCCACUGAAAUGAGUCUCCAAGCACUGUUAAACGACUUAGACGACUACGUCUCGGAAGAGGAUCCUGACUACGAGCCAUCAAACACUAGUUCGUCGGAGACCUACCACUCUACAGAUGAAGGUAGUGGUGAUCUUACAAACGAAGAUUUUGAGCCAGAAAACAGUGCUAAUGAAACUGAGACGUUCGGAAACGAGACUAUCGUUGCCCCAUUACCAGAAAUUAUAGUGUCACUCUACGUAGAUGAAUAA